AUGUCAUCCAGCUAUGGCACUGACGUCCAGGAGAGUCACGAACAGACGCUGUCGGGUGGAUGGGUGCUUUGGGCGUCAGGCAAGACGCUCCACACUCGUUUGGUCGUGUAUUCAUCAGUCGAGAUGGUUACUGCUGGAGGCGACGGCUGUAUCCACACGGCCGUUCAUCGGCAUCACAUCACAGCGGUGUCCCACCACAGCAGUAUCACACCACAACAGUAUCACACCACAGCAGCAUCACAAAACAGAAGCAUCAUACCUCAACGGCAUCACACCACAGCGGCAUCACACCACAGCGGCAGCACAUCACAGCAGCAUCAAACAAUAGAAGCAUCACACCUCAGCGGCAUCACACCACAGCAGCAUCAUACGACAGAAGCAUUAAACCUCAACGGCAUCAUACCACAACGGCAUCACACAACAGAGGCAUCACACAAAAAAAGCAUCACACCACAACAGCAUCAUACCACAACAGCAUCACACCACAGCAGCAUCACACCACGGCGGCAUCACCACAGCAGCAUCACACCACGGCAGCAUCACACCACAGCGGCAUCACACCAGAGCAGCAUCACACCACAGCAGCAUCACACCACAACAGCAUCACACCACAACAGCAUCACACCACAGCAGCAUCACCCCACAGCAGCAUCACCCCACAGCGGCAUCACCCCACAGCGGCAUCACACCACAGCAGCAUCACACAACAGAAGCAUCACACCACAGCAGCAUCACACCGCGACGGCAUCACACCAUAGCAGCAUCAAACCUCAGUGCCAUCACAUAACAGCAGCAUCACACCGCAACAUCACACCACAGCAGCAUCACAGAACAGAAGCAUGA